UCGGAAACCUGUCAGACGGGAACGACGCACGUGUCCGCAGGAGCUGCAGGAGAACAUGAACGGAUCCGCAGCGGGGAGAGAGGCCUCUAGAAGUACACGUUGUAUUCUCCACCGCUGCGUUUUCUGCACCCGUUUUAACCGGUAACUCACACUGGAACGGUAGCUGCGACCACCGCGGCUCCUCAGAGGCUCAGAGGCGCGACGAGCAGGUCGACGCUCGGACGGUUAACUGACCGAGGAGGUCGAAGUCAGAAAGUUCUCGGUGUCCAUUUUCGUGUGUUCGCUCCCCGCGCUCACUCGUUGCCUUUUUAGCGGCUCCGGUUGACGUCGGUUGGAGACCGAAGCGGACCGACUGGCAGGCUGCCGGGACGACAUGGCGGACUACCUGAUCAGCGGACAGACCGGUUACGUCCCCGAGGACGGGCUGACGGGGCAACAGCUGUUCAACGGGGGCGACGGACUCACGUACAAUGAUUUCCUGAUUCUUCCAGGCUACAUUGACUUCACAUCUGACCAAGUGGACCUGACGUCUGCGCUCACCAAGCAAAUUACUAUGAAAACCCCCUUCGUCUCCUCGCCCAUGGACACCGUCACAGAAGCCAACAUGGCCAUUGCUAUGGCACUAACAGGCGGCAUCGGCUUCAUCCACCACAACUGUACUCCAGAGUUCCAGGCCAAUGAAGUUCGCAAAGUCAAGCGGUAUGAGCAGGGCUUCAUCACAGACCCAGUGGUGAUGAGCCCCAACGAGCGAGUUCGGGACGUCUUCCAGGCCAAAGCCCGCCACGGCUUCUGUGGCAUCCCCAUCACAGACAAUGGCAAGAUGGGCAGCAAGCUGGUGGGAAUAAUCUCCUCCAGAGACAUCGAUUUCCUGAAGGAGGAGGACCAUGACCUGCCACUGAGCGAGGUGAUGACAAGGCGAGAGAAUCUAGUUGUUGCCCCCGCUGGAGUGACACUGAAAGAAGCCAAUGAAAUCCUGCAGAGGAGUAAGAAAGGUGAGGAAUGUUUGUCUUGUCAGAAUAAUUUUAUUUGCGGUGACAUAAAGCAGAUAAACGUGCCACUGCAUGAUCAUGUUUUCAUCUCUGUGGUUCCUCCUGCAGGUAAACUGCCCAUAGUGAACGAAGAAGGCUCUCUGGUGUCCAUCAUCGCCCGCACAGACUUAAAGAAGAACCGAGAUUUCCCUCUGGCCUCCAAAGAUUCUCGAAAACAGCUGCUGUGUGGUGCCGCCAUCGGAACCCACAAUGAUGACAAGUACCGUCUGGACCUGCUGGUGCAGAGUGGAGUGGAUGUGGUAGUUCUGGACUCUUCUCAGGGCAACUCCAUCUUCCAGAUCAGCAUGAUUAAGUACAUUAAAGAAAAGUAUCCCAACCUGCAGGUCAUUGGAGGAAAUGUGGUGACUGCAGCUCAGGCUAAGAACCUGAUCGAUGCCGGAGCGGACGCACUGAGAGUUGGGAUGGGCAGUGGUUCAAUCUGCAUCACACAGGAAGCUCCCCUCAGUGUUCCACCAGCUAUAAAGCUCCACAGCCCCAAAACCCCAACCACUGUUACGGGAUACUCCAUGCUUGCAUGUGGCAGACCCCAGGCCACAGCUGUCUAUAAAGUUUCGGAGUACGCCAGGCGUUUUGGCGUCCCGGUCAUCGCUGACGGCGGCAUCCAGACUGUCGGACACAUCGCCAAAGCCCUGGCUCUGGGAGCAUCCACAGUGAUGAUGGGCUCUCUGCUGGCUGCCACCAGUGAAGCUCCUGGUGAAUAUUUCUUCUCUGAUGGCAUCAGACUGAAGAAAUACCGCGGUAUGGGCUCCCUGGAUGCCAUGGACAAAAACCUGGGCUCCCAGACCAGAUACUUCAGUGAGAGUGAUAAGAUUAAAGUUGCUCAGGGUGUUUCGGGAGCGGUGCAGGACAAAGGGUCCAUCCACAAGUUCGUUCCCUAUCUGCUCGCUGGCAUUCAACACUCCUGCCAGGACAUUGGAGCCAAAAGCCUCACCCAGCUCAGAGCCAUGAUGUACUCUGGAGACCUGAAAUUUGAAAAGAGAACAACGUCAGCUCAGACGGAGGGUGGAGUCCACAGCCUGCACAGUUACGAGAAACGUCUCUUUUGAGUCUUCAGAAGGAGAGUCCCUCCGACAGACAUAUUAUGCAAACACACACUACUUGCCAGACCUGCUCACAGUCAGAUUCUACCCAACUUACUUUUCGUCAAUUAGUGUGUGAAGAUCAACACACUCCCAGCGGAUCCAUCGGUCUUCCUGCCAUCUAUGCAUCGUCUGUGUUUAGUAUAGAGAUAUGUGUGUGUGUGUGUGUGUGUGUGUGUGUGUGUGUGUGUGUGAGGAGUUAAAGCAUUUGUCAAUCAGUGCACGUAUAAAUGACUCAAAUGACAAAUCCGGCUGUCUUCAUGUUGUGUUACAGUGUCUCCGUUAAACUGCUGUGUCCGUUUUAAAGCAAAAAAACAAAAUCAGUCGUCCAAGAAUAAAGUUUGUUUUUCCACAA